GAUAAUUUCCUUUAAUUUGUUUCUAUUUUAACUUUUUCCGAGUGCAGGAGAACAGUGUUUUGGUGAUAGAAAUCCUUUAAACGUAAAAACGUUGUUAUAUAAAAAAUUAAACAAAAUGAAGCCUUUUUGUGUGGUUUUAGUGGUUUUGUGCGCUGCUAGCAUGGCUUCAGCUCGUCCUGAACCCCCACGUGAUAGUUAUGCAGCCCCACCAUCCAGCAGUUACUCAGGCCCUCCAUCUAGCAGUUAUUCAGCACCCUCUAGCAGUUAUGCACCCAGUGUGCCCAGUGGUAGUUAUGGUGCCCCACAGCCUGUCUAUGGUCCACCACAACAACCACCAGUGAUACAUAAGCAUGUCUAUGUUCAUGUACCACCACCAGAGCCAGAGUAUCAAGCACCCAGAAAACCCAUUGUUGUGCCUCCACCACAAAAGCACUACAAAAUUGUCUUCAUUAAGGCUCCAUCACCACCAGCACCAACUGCUCCCAUUAUACCACAAUUGCCCCAAACCGAGGAGAAGACUUUGGUCUAUGUGUUGGUCAAGAAGCCCGAAGAGCAGCCCGAUAUUGUUAUACCCACACCAGCCCCCACUCAACCCAGCAAACCCGAAGUUUACUUCAUUCGCUACAAAACCCAAAAGGAAGAGACUGGUCCCUAUCCCAACAGUAUUGCACCAGCUCCUUCUGGUGAUUAUGGUGCUCCAGCUGCUCCCUCAGCUCCUUCGGCGCCCAGCUCUUCAUAUGGAGUGCCCCAUUAAAGCUUUUUUUAUUUAAAGAAAACAAAAAAAAAACAGGAAGAAAUCUUGAAUACAAACAAAAACAAAUACUCAAUUAUAAAGCCAGACAAUUAACUGGCUGCUAAAGUGAAAUGUUUCACAAAAAAAGGGAAAAGUAAACUCUACGCAAGAUUCUAUAGUUAAAAUAAGAAACUCUCUUACUAUAUCUCUAGCUAAACUUUAAAACUACUACUAUCUCUCUCAGUCUCUCUGCAAACUACUCCUUUGUAGCUAGAUUAUCUUACUAUAAACCCCUCUUUAAACUUUUUAAUUAUUAAGCGUUUUUUAUAUAUUCUACAUACAUUUAUACAUUUUUUUAUAAAAAAAGUUGAAAAAAAAAACUUUUUUAACGUGUGACAAUUUAUUAUUAAGUAUUUUUUUAGACCUAAUUGUUGUUUCUCAUAGAUAUACAUACAUACUAUGCAAAACAAGAGAAGUAAGUUAAAAAAUAAAAGAUAGAACAGCCUUAAUUAAAGGCAACAAGUCGCUCUUAAUAUCCUUGA